CAAACAGCAAAGGGGCGGCCGAUGGCUCUGCGGGGCCCAGCUGGCUUGGGGCCCGGCUCCUGCGGGCCGUUGGACGAGGCUGUGGCGGCGGCCGAGGGGCGCGAGGCGUCGGCCCUUGUGGCGACGGGAGCUACKCUGGAGGACGAUGAAGAGGACGAUGGCCGCGGCCGGGGCCUGCUGCGCUGGGACGGUUUCUCGGCAUGGCUGCACUGCGUGUGUGUGGUGGGCUUCGACCUGGAGCUGGGCCAGGCGGUGGAGGUAAUUUAUCCUCAACAUUCCAAACUUACUGAUAAAGAAAAAACCAAUAUUUGCUAUUUGUCUUUUCCAGAUUCAAAUUCAGGUUGUCUUGGAGAUACCCAGUUUUGUUUUAGAUUUCGACAGUCUUCUGGGAGGAAAGUGUCACUGCAUUGUCUCCUGGAUCAAUUUGACAAAGAUUUACCAGUUUAUUUAAAGAAAGAUCCUGCUUAUUUUUAUGGAUAUGUAUACUUUCGGCAAGUUCGAGAUAAAACCCUUAAAAGAGGCUACUUUCAGAAGUCUUUGGUUUUGAUCAGCAAACUACCUUAUAUUCAUUUUUUUCACACCGUGCUCAAACAGAUAGCACCGGAGUAUUUUGAAAAAAAUGAACCUUAUUUGGAAGCAGCUUGUAAUGAUGUUGAUCGAUGGCCUGCUCCAGUGCCGGGGAAAACGUUACAUCUGCCCAUUAUGGGGGUAGUGAUGAAGGUACGGAUUCCCACAUGUUAUGACAAGCCUGGGACAACUCAAAUAGUACAGUUAACUCAGCAGGUAGACUCACACAUAUCUGUUAUUUUACCUACUGUUCAUGAAGUGGAUCUUUUCAGGUGUUUCUGCCCAGUUUUCCUUCAUAGUCAGAUGCUUUGGGAGCUGGUGCUUUUGGGAGAGCCCAUUGUGGUCAUGGCACCAUCACCAUCAGAGUCAUCAGAGACUGUGCUGGCUCUUGUUAACUGUAUUUCUCCACUAAAGUAUUUCAGUGAUUUCCGACCUUAUUUUACUAUCCAUGACAGUGAAUUCAAAGAAUAUACUACCCGUACUCAAGCUCCGCCCUCAGUCAUAUUAGGAGUAACCAACCCUUUUUUUGCUAAAACACUCCAGCAUUGGCCACACAUUAUUCGAAUAGGAGACCUUAAGCCUGCAGGUGAAAUUCCUAAACAAGUUAAAGUGAAAAAAUUGAAGAACCUAAAGACUCUGGAUUCAAAACCUGGAGUUUAUACUUCUUAUAAGSCAUAUCUAAAUAGAGAUGAAGAGAUCAUAAAACAAUUACAGAAGGGUGUACAACAGAAACGUCCUUCUGAGGCUCAAAGUGUGAUUCUCCGUCGAUAUUUUUUGGAGCUGACGCAAAGUUUCAUCAUUCCAUUAGAAAGGUAUGUGGCAAGCUUGAUGCCUUUGCAGAAAAGUAUCUCUCCAUGGAAGAGUCCACCCCAAUUAAGACAGUUCCUUCCAGAAGAAUUUAUGAAAACACUUGAGAAAACAGGACCUCAGCUAACUUCUAGAAUAAAAGGCGAUUGGAUUGGACUUUACAGGCAUUUUCUAAAGUCUCCAAAUUUUGAUGGCUGGUUCAAGACUCGGCGAAAAGAAAUGACUCAAAAACUAGAGGCACUCCAUCUAGAAGCUCUUUGUGAAGAGGACCUACUUCUCUGGAUCCAGAAACACACAGAAGUAGAAAUAGUAGACCUUGUACUGAAGCUGAAAAAUAAGCUGUUGCAGGCUGAUCGAGAGCAUUUACCUGUGAAACCUGACACUAUGGAAAAGUUACGGACACACAUAGAUGCAAUUAUCUUAGCAUUGCCAGAGGACCUGCAAGGCAUACUGCUCAAAACAGGCAUGACGUGAUAUUUUCCAGCCAAAAAGGAUUGUGCAUCAUGAAGCAUACUGACAUUUCAACCAGACGCACAAAGAUCUUCCAGUGGCAGCAGAGUGGAAAAUAGCUGUGAAUGCUAAGAUACAGGGUGGAAAGACUGUAUUGUAUAAACAGAACUUUUUAUUGCAUUAUUUUUAAAAAUGGAUAUCUGUGGUGGUUCCACUUUAAUACUGAAACACCGAAAGGCAGUUCUAUAUUUUUAAUCAUGUUCUAAAGUGCUCUUAUGAGAGACCUGAGGGGCCAUCGGUAUACGUGAUUCCAAACUGCAGUGCUGGCAUUGCAGAUAUUUUUUUUAAAUUGGUGCUGCUUUGCCCAAUCAUGUUAAAACUCAGGGGGUUAUAAAAAUAACAUUCACACUGGCUAUCUUCUUAAGAAGGAAAAGACUGAACUGUCCAACUAUAGUUGAUGCUUAUGUAGUGCCUUUCGUUGUCCUUCAUGUUUCACAAAGUCCAGCUGCUACUCUUGAGGCUUUUUCUUAUUUGAUUAUGAAACAUAAUUUUAUGAAGGAUUAUAUUGACUAAUCAAUGCUUAAAAAUGUUUAUUAGAAGGCAUGGUGGUUUUUUUCAAUUGUCAUAUAGGUUUUUAUUUCAUUAUUUUCUUCACUAUUUUCACAAUGUAAUCUUACCACUUUCUCCAGAGGCAAGAAGGCAUCUAGUAUUAAUUAUGGAAGACUUUAUUUUCCUUUACUCUUUAUUCAUUGGGUCUGUGUAAAUUAAUAAGCUUGGAUGCUUUUCAAAGAUAAUUCUAAUUAUGAAUCUCAUAAUCAAAUAUUUUUUAAAACUGAAGUAUUAUUAUUUCAAAGGCAUUCAUAAGCCUUUUAUUCGAUAGUUAUUUGAGUGAUUAUAAGGUUGAUUUCCAGCAUUAUUUGUUGGGUAGUGUUAUUUCCCCAAAACUAAUGUUUCUCCGAACAUUCUUCCUAUUGUUUAACAUGGGAACUUUUGUUUUGAAUCAAUGUUAUGGUUACUAUGGUUUUUUUUUUGUUGUUGUUAUUUCUCUUUUGUUUAUACUACCUUGCCAAAAAAGAAGAAUGUGAUUUAGUUUAGUAAGAUUGGUUUGUGUUUGAAUGAGAAUAUCCUACAGAAGCCACUAUUUAAAAUAGGCACACAUGAUGUAGCACAAAUGUAAAUAGCUGUGUCUUAAUUACCCUCUCAACUACCAAAUAUAGUUGUAUGUAUUUGUAAAAGAAGUGACUUCAGAAGCUAUCUCUUGUUCUCUGUUGCUAUAAUUCUAAAGGGCAUUCCUGACCUAAGAAAGGCUCCUUGUGUUUGUAAGUUGGUCUACUGUGGUUCGAUACCCAGAUGUGCCCUUUCCUCAUGGAUGCAGUAUCUUGAAGCAUACCUCUACGUCUAGAGUAUGGCAUUUGGAAGAACUCAUUUGCCUAGCAUCAUAGGGGUUAUUUUGUGAAACUACAGUUGACCUUUCAGAAAAGGGGCAACUACUUUUUUAUGCUAAAGUAUUUCAUAACUUUCUUGGAAAUUUUAUUUAGGUAUAAAUGGUCAUCUUA